AUGGAGUCCUGGAUACUCUCUCUCAUCCCCCUCCUCAUCCUCCUCUUCCUCACACCACCAACCCUCGCCUGCCAACGCGACUGGUCCCUCCUCCACGCCCGCAUCAGCCGCCACUCCCACUCCCCCAGCAAGCACAGCAUCCGCGACACACCCACCUACCCACCCCCCCUCACCCCCACCGAAUCCCUCCUCCUCAACUCCUUCGACGCCGUAGCCCUGCGCACAUGGUCCUCGUACUACACGCACGGCGACCACCUGGGCACGCACAACCGGUCCAUGGCGGAGUGGACGGCGGAAAAGUGGCGGAGCGCGGGGUUCACCGAGGUGAAUGUAGUUGAGUUUCCGAUUUGGUAUACGUAUCCUGAGCGGUCGGCGCUGCGGCUGGAGGGUGUAGGGGGAGAGGUGUUGCAUGAGGCGAGGCUUGUGGAGGAUGUGUUAGUUGAGGAUGAGACGAGUGGGUAUCCAAAUGUGAUUCCGGCGUAUCAUGCGAUGAGUGCUAGUGGGGAUGUUAGGGGGGAGUAUGUGUAUGUUGGACGCGGCACACGAGCGGAUUUCCAGGUCCUGAAAGAUGCGGGGAUUGAGUUGAAGGGCAAGAUUGCGCUUGCGAAUUAUGGGGGGAUAUAUCGUGGGACGAAGGUGAAGAAUGCACAGGAUAAUGGGAUGGCGGGGUGUGUGCUUUUUACGGAUCCGUUGGAUGAUGGGGAGGUUACGGUUGAGAAUGGGUAUAAGGCGUAUCCUGAUGGACCUGCGAGGAAUCCUUCUUCGAUUCAGAGAGGUAGCGUACGCUUCUCUUCACUGUACUCUGGCGAUCCUACGACGGUCGGUUGGGCUUCCUCGUGGGACUCCCCCCGUGGGAAUAUCUCUUUGUACACACCCUCCAUCCCAUCCAUCCCCAUCAGCAUGAAAGAUUCUCUUCCGCUUCUUGAGGCCCUCAAAGGCCACGGUGUAUCUGCCAAGGAAGCAAACCGUAGUGGGUGGACUGGUGGGUUCAGUAACAUAACUUAUGACAGCGGUCCUGCACCCGGUGCGCUCCUACAUAUAGAUCAUCUCAUGAAUGGAUGGGUAGCCCCCGUGUGGGACGUCAUUGGUGUCAUCAACGGAACUACCGACGAAGUCGUGGUGAUUGGAAACCAUCGAGAUGCAUGGGUUAUUGGCGGUGCUGCGGAUCCAAAUUCAGGCAGUGCUGUUUUGAUUGAGCUGGCGAAUGCGUUUGGAAAGUUGGUGGCAAAGGGCUGGAAGCCAAGGAGAACAAUCAUCCUUGGAUCCUGGGACGCUGAGGAAUUCGGCCUCCAGGGUUCCACUGAAUGGGUUGAAUCGCAUUUGCCCUGGCUCACAACAAGUGUAGUCGCCUAUCUCAACCUCGACAUUGCAGUGUCUGGUCCGAGGACCUCGUUCUCCGGCAGCGGAGAGCUACACACCAUGGUCGUAGAACAGAUGAAGAAAGUCUUGUUCCCCGAAGGCUGGGGCGAUUUCCCCACGCUCUACGACAUGUGGCACAACACUACCCAGGGAGAAAUCCCACCGCUGGGCAGUGGCUCCGACUAUGCCAGUUUCUACCAAAACGGCAUCGCAUGUAUCGACAUUGGCUCCGACGGCGGUAAAACCGACCCCAUCUACCACUACCACUCCAACUAUGACUCGUACGCGUGGAUGUCGCGCUUCGGUGACCCAGACUUCAAGCUCCACAAGGCAAUCGGCCAGUGGCUCACCCUCAUCGCCUACCACAUUGCCGACGACGCCCUCAUCCCCUGGGACCUCCCCAACGCCGCUUCAGUCCUGCAAUCCUACCUCUCCGAGCUUAACGAAACAAUCACAGACUCUGAAUUGUCCAAGGACUUGGAUCUCGCGCCGCUGGGCGAUGCGAUUGCCGAGUUUGAGGCUCAGGCUGCGAAUAUUGCACGGGUUGCUGAGACGGCCGUGGGAUUUCAGGAUCCAGUGAUGCUGGGGGUUGUAAAUGCGAAAUUCCGUGAUUUCUCGCGUGGCUUUGCGUCGUCGGGUGGAUUACCUGGGCGCGAGACGUUCAAGAAUGUGAUCAGUGCGCCGGGCAUUGAUAACGGGUAUGGCGCUGAUGUGUUUCCGGCAGUCACGGACAGCGUAAAUAAAGGGGAUACGGGUGCGGCGCAGGAGUGGGUUGAGAAGAGUGCGAAGGCGGUGUUGAGGGCUGCGGAGAUUUUACGGGUGGGGAAUUGAGUUAAGGGUGAUGCAUAUGACUGUGCGUGUGGGCUGACAGAAAUAACACAGUUAGGUAUCUAAUCAUUUUGCAAAAGAGAGUAUUAUCGCAUUGUGAAACGUGUAUGUGGACAGGUCGAUGAGAUGAUGUUGGAUGAUUGAAUGUGAAGUAUGUA